GCACGGCACUCUGCCGCUCGCGGCUCUUCCCAGCGGCCCCCGCGCCUCAAGAUGGCGGCGCCGCCGCAGACGCAGUGCCGGACCCGGUAGCUCCGCCGCGUCCAUGGGGCCCCAGAGCCUCCCCGGGCCGCGCUGUUGCGUCUUCUGCGCCGUCCUGGGCGCUCUGGUCUGUGGGCUGCGGCCGGCGGCGGCGAUGGCGGUGAAUGACGAGCAGCGGUCGGCGAGCCCGGUGGCGGCCGCGCAGUGCUGGCGGGUGGAGGAUUUCGUGGUGGUGCAGGAGUGCGCCCGCUGUUCCAGCUUCCAGACGAAGUCCAUGGCGGAGUGCAGGCCCACGGGGUUCGUGGAGAAGGUCACCUGUGCCACCUCCAAGAAGGACGACUUCAAAAGGUGCCGCUCGGCGGUGAUGGAAGCCCGCAUCUUCUGGCGGUUCGUGGGCACCAUGAUGUGUGUGGCUGCCCUGUUCGCCGUGCUGGUGGUGUGCCGCCAGCGGGUGCUGGACAGGAAGGCGCUAGAGAAGGUUCGCAAACAGCUCGAGUCCAUUUAG